AUGAAGUCUUUUUAUUUUGUUCUAUUCUUUGUUCUAUUCUUCGUACGAGAUGUGUAUGGACAAAAAUGUUCUUUUGUGACACAGCGACUACAAUGUGGGGAAUUCGCUUGUGAUAUUCAAAGAGGCGUUUGCGCUUUGUGUAAUAAAUCAAGUAAUUGCUAUCCUGAUGCCAUGCGUUGCGUGGAGGGAAAAUGUGUCGUAGGAUCUCUUUCCAGUAAUUUAUCUUUUCUUUCGAUAUUAGCCAUGGUAUGUGCUUUUGGUGUCUGUGCCAUUGGAGUCGUGGCUGGCGUGGGUGGUGGUGGCGUUCUUGUACCCAUGUUCUGUGCUCUUAUGAAAUUGCCAAUAACUGCAGCAGUGGGUUUAUCUCAAUCAACUAUAUGUGGUCAAAGUACAUUAAAUAUGAUUUUUGCCGUUGGUAAGCGUUAUCCAGAUCCCCAUUUUUCACGUCCUCUCAUCAACUACCAAUAUGUGACUUUGCUUAUACCGCUUGGAGUUAUUGGAACUCUUAUUGGAGGUAUAUUAAGUAAGAUAUGUCCGGAUUUGCUUCGUUUGAUUCUUUUAUUUUUACUUCUUGUUUUUGUUUUGUACCGUACCGUAAUGAAAAUGAUUGCCCAAUAUCGAAAAGAUCAGUACAGGGAAGACGUAGUGGUUUCAAAUGCAUCUCCUCCUGAAGAAGAAGUUUCACGAGAAAAUACAGGUAACUCCACAUUUUCGCAACCUCAGUUUCCACAGUUAGAGAUUACAUGUAUAUUAAUCUCUUUCUUUGUUACUGUUAUAUUUAAUGCUUUGAGAUCUAAAAGUGUUUGUGGAGACGUUUUAUAUAUUUUUUCUUAUCUUAUGCCCAUAUUAAUAAAUGCUAUUAUGUUUUUUUGGUAUCGCUGGCGUUUAUCUUGUAUGGAGAAAAGUUCGUUAACAUUCUUAUGGAACAAUCGUACUACUGUUUUAUUUCCAUUGGUAGCCCUAAUAGCGGGAGGAGCGGCCGCCUUACUUGGUAUCGGAGGGGGGUUGGUAUUAGGCUUUGUAUUAUAUGAAGCAGAGCUUAUUCCUGAAGAGGCUUCUGUUACUGGCGGUAUGGUGACCUUCUUUUUGUCUUUUUCAACUGCUAUUAAUCUUUUGAUUGAAGGUCACCUUCUUAUUGACUAUGGUAUUGUUUUGUUCGCCGUUGGAAUGGCGAGUACGGCACUUGGACAAUUCUGUUUUAUGAGAGAAAUUAAAAAACGAAAUCUUGGAUACCUUAUUAUAGCAUCUUUAGCGACGAUUAUUGGUGGUUCUCUCCUUGUCCUUACAAUUUAUGGUAUUUAUAACGCUGUUGUGGUUGUUCGCACUGGUGGCUCAAUCAUGGACGUUGGUCGCGUUUGCCCCUCAAGGGAAAAACAUUAA